UUCACUUCCCUUCCCCCUCCCCUGACCCGAGCAAGGCGAGGCAGGGGAACACACGAGACCACGGACGGAUCCGCCGGCCCCUAUGUGCGUACAUAUAUGGGAAACUCUCAAGUUUCAGCGAGUGCAUGCUUUGCUGGUCAUCAAGAUAGGUAGCCCUGUCCACCUUUAGUCCAUAUAUGCACGGAGAGCUGGCGGGCGGUUGAUCGGCCGCAACGAUCGAUCCAUGGACAUCGGCGCGGAGAGGGAGAAGCCGGCGGCGGGGUGGGAGUGGAGGACGCCGGCGUCGAUGGUGCUGGUGCAGCUGUUCAUCACGGGGAUGAUCCUGCUCUCCAAGCUGUCCAUCAGCGGCGGCAUCUUCAUCUUCGCGCUCCUCGCCUACCGCAGCCUCUUCGGCGCCGCCGUCAUCCUCCCACUGGCCCUCAUCUUCGAAAGGGGCAAGUGGAAGGAGAUUCGAUGGCACGCCACGGGAUGGAUCUUUCUCAACGCCUUCAUCGGGUACGCAGUGCCGAUGAGCUUAUACUGCUAUGGCCUCCGUGACACAACACCAUCUUACGCCGUCAUCUUUGUGAACCUAAUUCCGUUGGCCACCUUCAUCCUAUCGCUCGUCUUCAGAAUGGAGACGUUGCGAAUCUGGAGUGUGGUUGGAUCGCUGAAGAUUGCAGGCGUUUUAUUCUCUGUUGGAGGCACAAUGCUCAUUAGCCUUUACAAGGGCAAGGCGUUGCAUCUCUGGGAUCCCAUCCUGAAGAUCCACCCCAAGGAACAAACAACCGAGGGUGCAGGGAAUCAACUAAGAGGGACAAUAUUCUUGGUAGGCAGCAGCUUCGCAUAUGCUUGCUGGUACCUGAUCCAGUCAAAGGUUCUCAAGGUGUAUCCAUACAAGUAUUGGUCAUCCAUGGUGACAUGCUUGGUUGGAGGAUUCCAAACAGCACUAGUUGGAAUAAUAUUGAAUACAGACAAGAACGCAUGGAAGCUAGGAUGGAAUCUCGACCUUGUGACUAUCUUGUACUCGGGGGCACUUGCAACAGCAGGGAAAUAUUGCCUGAACUCAUGGGCUGUUGCCAAGCGAGGCCCAACAUAUCCUCCGAUGUUCAACCCAUUGUCUGUGGUAUUCACAAUUUUGCUGGACUCCAUCAUCAUAGGCAAUGAAAUUACAGUCGGAAGCCUGCUCGGUACAACAAUGGUGCUUGUCGGGCUUUACACUUUCCUAUGGGCAAAAUCAAAAGAAGUACGUGACAAAUAGAUCUCAUCCUUGGCAGGCAGAGUUCUUGUGUAUAGCUACAGAAAGGACAAAUUUUGUACUUGUAUACAUGAAGAUCAUAAUACAUUAGAUGGAAGAUCACAAGGUUUUCUGUAGGACCCCAACGGCCGGUCCGAACAUCCAUG